AUGCACAAUGCCGUGGUGUUCGGUUUGCUGCAGCUCGCAGCGGUGACAGCGCAGACGCCGGAGAGCGUGGGCUACCCGGACCCGCGCUACUCGACGACCAAGAGUUUGACGGCGUUUAGCUGCACUGGCGGUGCCCGCAACUGCCCCGACGCCGGGCAGUAUGCCUCAGCGGGGGGCAACCUCACGCUCACCAUCGUGGAAAUGCGCAACCUGCCCGACCUCGAUGGCUUUGGCCUCGCUGGACUCGUGACGGACCCGUACGUCGAGGCGCUCAUCGGCGACAACGUCCGCACGUCCAGCGUCGUCUGGAACUCGCUCAACCCCAAGUGGCCGCCGUGUACGGAGCCCGGAUGCACCGGCGCGGACGACCUCAUGCGCGACCUAAACUUCGGCUUCCGCCCCGCGGGGACGGAGAUCAUCGUCCGCGUUUGGGACAAGGACAGCGGCCUCGAGUUCGGCGACGACCUGGUGGCCCAAGUCACGCUCAACGCCAUCUACUGCUCGGCGUUCUCAGCGUUAACGCAGAAGGUGCCAACGAACGACAGCUCGACGUGGCAAAUGGCGGAGCAGCCCAUGUGCGUGGAGGAGCUCUGGGUCCCGUUGAGCGAGAGUGGGGACUGUAGCGACGAGACCUCAUCCACUCCGUGUAUGCGCAUCCGCAUGACUGCAGUUCCGUUCCAGAUGCGAGCGGAGGAAGUUUUCGUAUCGGGAGCUCUGGUUAAUGGAGGAAUGGGCGGCUACUUCCCUGACGAGCAAUCGUGGCUGUAUGGACGAGUGUACUCCAGCUCGGACACUCGGUUACUAAGCUACUUUCGAAUGGCCGACUCGCAAGGCGGACUGCUGAUCCGCUCGAUGAGUACGUCGAAUAACGACAAAGGCAACACGUCCUUGAUUGACACGUACGGCUACGCUCCGUACGCGCGCGUGACGUUCAACUUCGCUGCUCAGCUGUUCGUGUUUCGGCGCGUUGACGACGAAGCUUCAUCGCCUGAGUGGCUCAACACGACGUUCGGUUGGGCCGAGACUCGAGAGUACGCGCAGCUGAAGGAUGUCUCUGGAGACUUCAAGGCUGUGGCGCAGAACUUCACGCCUCAUUCGAUCAACAAGUACGGAGAUGCUGAGGGGCGAGGAAAUAUUACGGGCGGGAACGUUCGGCUUAGCUACACGGACACUACCUAUAGCAUGUACUUCAUAGUCGCCGUCCCGCACGAAACCUUGGAUGUUGUUCCAGCUGUCUACUCGAAGGAGUUCUCUCGGAAGGUGUUCCUCGAGAUUUCAGGCCAGUACGCGAUAACCUUCGUCUUCGUGAUGAUACUCGUCCUGCGGUAUCUACAGCGCGUGCACUGGCGUAUCGAGCGUGUCGAAUCUUUUCUGGCUGAGAAGGUGAAGGCCAAGAAGCCGGACAUUGUCGCGCAGCUCUUCUUCUGCUAUGGGGACGGGGAGAACAACGCGCAGUUCCGACGCAACUUGUUCUACGCCACUUGGGCCGUGAGGAUCGUGAUCGCGUCGCCGAUGUUGAUGCUGGUGUCGUGGGGAGUGACGUCCAUCCUACUCGUGACACCACCAGCCUUCGGCUUUGGGCUUAUCUUCCUGGGAAUCGGCGCGCUUGGAGGCAUCUACGGAGCUGCAAUGUGGAUGCGCACGGGUUGGCGCAUGACGGCGAGGACGCUGCACCUGUUUGCACUGGCGUUCUUCGGUGCGUUCGUGUUCCUCUUCUCGUCCACGUUUGCCGACCCGAGAGUUUAUAUCGGCGGGGAGGACCUCGACUUCUUCUCGCUGUCGUGCAUCUUCCUCACGCUCAACAUGAUGCCCAUCAUUUGGCUCGCCUUCACCAACGACUCCAAGCUGUCUAAGUCGCUCAAACAAGUCAUCGCAGUCGUCGGCGCGUCCAAGAAGGUCACGACGCUCAAAAGUAAGUUUAAAAACCUCGGCACGCUCGGACUGAAGCUCGCAACCGCCAAAGGCAACGCUGCCCCACUAGAGCAACAGGACGGAGCUGCUACGACUGUGAAAGCCAGGCGGAAGCGGAAGGAGUCGGCGUUUGCAGCCAUUUUGGGGGAGCAUUACACGGUGGAGCAGUCGAUUCCAGGUCUAGAGUACGCGGAUAUCCUCAAGAGCGCGUUUGUGACGCCGGCUGCCACUCGAAGACGCAUAAAUCGCCGGUACUAUUGGAGUGCGUUGGCCACGCUCUUGAUCUACUGCAUCGUGGCGAGUGUCUGGACGGAGUACGGCACCCAAGCAGUCGGAAUCUCCAUCACCCUCGUGCUCGUGGAUCUGUGCGUGUACAUGCUGCAUCGAGGCAAGAGCGCGCACAACUGGUCCGCAGGUUACGUGGUGUUCCUCCUGAGCUCAGUGCGAGUGUGUCUAGCAGUAACCUGCGGUAAGUACUGGAUUUUAGGCCACGCCUUCCUGUACAUGGUCUUCGGUACUGCCUUGUGUCGUGAGAUCAUCGGCCGGAACUUGCCGCGCAUGAACAAGCAAGAGGCCGGAGGCGUCACGUUCUUCGGCCAUGACCCACACAAGGAGCGUCAGCAGCAACUGGAUGUGGGGACGACACCUGAAUUUGUAUUGGGAUUCCUGUCGUUCUUUUACCUUUUCUUGCUACUCGGCGUCGCCUUUGGAUCCGAUGCAAACCAAACCGUCCACGUGCCCGUGUUGGGCCAGGAGUGGCCACUCUGGAUAUUCGGCGUCUUGGCCUUCAUCGUCGUCCUCUUUGUUGGGCUUUCGCUGGCUACGUCAAGAGCGUUCUUCCUGCAAAAGGAGCAGCUCUUGUCCGAGUACGCCAUGCACAUCUAUCUGUUCGUGAGGCCGUUCCGACUGCCGUUCAUGUUAGCUGCGGCUUCCGAAGUGUUGGUCAUCUGCUCGGGUCUGUUCGUGUAUGCGUCAACUCAGUCGACCUUCAUCCUGGUCUCGUCCUUCUUCGCGCCGCUCAUUCUGAUGCUGUCACUGGCGGUUCACGUGCAGUGGAAGAAGAACGACUAUCGCUUGGUGGUUUGGCCCCCCGAAGACGAAGAGGAAGACGUGCUGGACGACGACGAUGACGGCGGCUUUCUCGAUGCUGAAGCUGCACUCGAAAAGGAGGCGGAACUCAUGCGCGAGACGUUCGUGCUGCCACCGCUCAAAGGAAAAGGCAACAACAGCGUCUACGACAGUGCUGAUGAGACGUUCAAGAUGCCAACACUGCCGUCCAAGAGUUUGUUGGGCCUUGUGGGAGGCAAAGCCGCUGGGGUUAUGAGUCCGACCAAGAAACUAGCAAGCGCAAAUCUGCCCACGACACUCGCAAUUAAGCCCGCAACCCCCCCACGGUUCGAAGUUGCUUGGCGUGCCUUGUUCUCGCGUAAAACGUGGCUGAGGAAGUAUCGUGAAGUGGACAACCUCUCACCGACAGCCAAACCACUACUCAAUCGCAACGGUGCUGCGAACACUGCACUGGACGACGAUGACGAUGCGCUUGACAAACCUCUACUGGAUGACAACGCAGCUAGCAUUGCUGUCUUGGCUCGUCGGAAGACGAUGGCUUUGGGCGGAGAUGGGGACAUUGACUUCAGUAAGAUGACGCUGUACCAGGCGUACCAGCAAGGCUUCUUACUCCCUCAGGACCACAUGACGCUCGGGUGCUUCUUCACUCUCCUGUUUCUGAUCAUGCUGUACGGGAUGAUCCUCACCGCCACGGAGAGUCCAUCCUGGCUCGGGCAGCUUAUCUGGACGGGGGCGUAUGUCCUCAUCUUCACGCUGUUUCCCACGAUCAAGUACUUCAAGACCGCUACAUUCAUCCCCGACAUGAAGUACUCGUUCGGUGGGAGUGCUGUAUUGGCCUGGGGGACUGGGUUCGUGCUGUUCUUCGCUGUGCUCAAGGCCGACGUGAACCAAGUGGAGUCACUCAGCAUCCUGUCCAUCCUGGUAUUCUACCCGAUCUUCCUGCUAUUCGCAGUCACGCUGUGUCGGUGGCAGGACGAGAACUGGGCCAUCACUCGGCCAAUCCGUCGCAUCGGCGCUGCCUGCAUGGCCGCUAUAGUUCUCUGGAUCUGGGAGAUAUAUGUGUUCGUCAGUGUGGCUUUCGGUGGCAUCUUGACCUUCCUACUGGCGUUGUUCCUCUUCAUCACGUAUUACCUCGUGAAAUGGGUCGAGAACGAUCGCUACCUCGCUCCGGUCUACCAGCGGCAGGCGAGUCUCAUCGUCCUAAUUGCCACCGUUGCUGCCAUUAUCGCAGCGUUGGCUAGCGGUAUGAGCUUCUUCUCUUGUCUCUCCAUCGUGUUCGUCGUGCUCCUGCUGAAGUACUCGAUGCAGUUCGUUGCUGGCUGGAUCGUGGCAAAGAGCUCAGCGGACGAGUCCGUCUUCUAUUCGCCUUACCUCUUCCCAGUUUUCUCCUACAACGCCUUCACCAACAACGUCGUGGAUGAGACGCAGACCGUCAUGCCGCUGUAUAUGGUCUUCCUGCUCGCGUUCUUGUGGGGCGUGGCUGGCGUCAUGUUCUUCGACCCGCUGGGAUUCGGCGUGGGGCUCUGCAGUCUCGUGUUGCUAGCGUUUGCUGGGGUCACAGCUCACUUGUGUGCGGUCACGCCCGUGCAGAUGGGUAUCGCGUCCAAGUACGUGAACGAAAUGAUCCUUAAAGACGCCAGCGAGGCCGCCCAAGCUGUGUCAAAUCGCCGUCGGCAGCCAUUCACCCUCGAGUCGCCCGAGUUUAUUGAGCAAGAGCGUCGAGAGAAGAAGGCCGAGCUGGAAUUCCAGGCCAUCGCCUAUGGUGGAGGAGCUGCGAGUGCGUUUGCAAGCCGCAAGAAAGCUACGAAGGCAGCAGAGCCGGAGAUCGAGGACGACGUUGUCAUGGAGCCUCGACGCACUAGUGGAGACAUCGCGCUGGACAUCGAGGACGUGGAUCGACAAUGUCGGGUUAUUACUACGAUCCACGGGCUGGAAGUGGCUCGACCGGACGGACUGUUAACGUGGCAAGAAGUAAGAGAAGACGUCUUUAAACGCGGCGUAGGCCCCUUCGGCUUCUUGUAUGUGUUCACUGUCCCCCCGCGACUGCUGCGGUUUAUCCGGUGGAAGUACUUGCCGUCAACGCUGAAGUGGAGGAAGAAGAGGAAGGCCAAGAGCGGUGAUGAAGCAGACGACCAGCAAGCAGACUCUCUUGAACGUGGUGGAAGCUCCUCUCUCAUAGUUUCCCAUCGUCAGGUUGAUGUCACGCCACCUUCUCCAUCUCGAGACUUGGUGGAGCUUUUGCUUCAGCUGCCGGAGUUAGAUGCCGCACUGGAUCGCGAGUUCUACGAAGAAACUCGUUGUGUGAUUCACCUCCAGCUCCUGAUGCUCACAGCGUCCGACGCGCGCUUGAGUCGCGAGAAGAUUUUGUUCCAGAAGUUCUUGCGCGAGAACCGCUUCAAGCUCAUGUCGAACGGCAUCAGUCCGCCGGCCAACGUCUUCCGCACGAGCUCGUUCGCGUCCAUCGACAUCCCGUUGGUGGCCGUUUGGCUGCUCUCGCUCACGCCUGAAGCGCGCGCGAGAUUCCACGCUCUGAAAGCUGCGUUCAACGAGGAAAUGGAACGCACCGACGCCAUUGUGGACGCUGAGGACCGCGCUGCUCUAGUAGCUCAGAAGGAGCUGCGUGACUACUGGGCGCCACGCGAAGCCGACCAGUGUCGCCAACGCAUGCAGGAUUUUCUGGCUCGUCGUCUUCGGCGUGAGAGCGAAGGCAUCUUGACCGAGGAGGAGGAGAGCAAAUCAGGGUACGACGAAGGCAUCGUGAACGCUCGAGAGGCGCUACUGGAGAUCGAGUCAGGCUACUCGUGCGUCCCAGGCGAGUUCGGACGCUCCCUGCAGUUCGUGGACCGAGAGUUUCCCCCAGACACGACGUCACUCGCUGGCUGCGCUUGUGAAGUGGAGAUCGCGCCGCAGUGGAAGGUUUCGUCGGCUAUCAACAUCGCCUCGGGGCUGUUUGACGGCGGUACAGACCCGGACGACGUACGCGUCGGUCGACUGGAUGAUGCGUGGUUGCUGAGUGCGUUGAGCAUUGUGGCGGCGUCCGGAGGUGUCGACGACGGCAAGGUGGACCUGCUCAUCGACCGGUUGUUCGUGACCAAGCAGACUUCUCUCACGGGCGCGUACGCCCUGCGUCUGUAUCAAAACUGUCAAUGGGAGACCGUCAUCGUGGACGACUACUUCCCAGUGCUUUACGACACUGCCGAGCGUGAAGCUGCUGGUCUAGAAGCAGAUGAAGACGCCGAGCUGUCGGUUAGUGCUGGUGCUGCAUUCGCCCACAGUCGCGACUUCGAGGAGCUGUGGGUGCCGCUCGUUGAGAAGGCCUUCGCGAAGUACUACGGCGGGUACGCAGCGCUUGAGCGUGGAUACGUCCACCACGCGCUGCGAGUUCUCUCCGGUUGCGAGUGUGAGGAGGUUUUCCUGGCUCCAGCAGCUCGAGGCGCGUUGAAGAAGACGCUGUGGCAGCAGUUGAAGUUGUUCCGGAAGAACCGCUUCCUGCUCGGGGCCGCGUCGUUGCCCAGCGAGCACGCGGACCCAGCUCUGCGCGCGUCCGGCUUGGUCUUCGACGCGUGCUACGUGAUCUACGACGUGCGCGAUGUAGACGGCGCUCAACUCUUGCAACUGCGAAACCCACCAGGCGAUCACCAGGAAUGGAAAGGCGACUGGAGCGAUGGCUCGCGGCUUUGGACUCGGCGGCUGCGGAAGCGCCUGGGCGUGCGCAAGGGCAACGACACCGGGGACGAUAACACGUUCUGGAUGAGCUUCGACGACUUCUGCCACGCCUUCCGCGCGCUCUACGUGUGCCGCUACUACGACCCCGACAAAUGGACCGUCAAGACGAUGGACGCGCGCUUCUCGCGCCAGGACGCCACGGCCAGCGGACUGCCGACGCGGCAUAACCCGGGAUGUUCAGGACUCGACAACAACCCGCACUUCUCGCUGCGCGUAUCGCGUCCAACCGAGGUCAUCAUCACUGUAACGCAGGUGGACUCACGCGGCAUGGCGCCCGUGACGGUGCUACCCAUUGCAGUGUACGUCGUCGCGCACCAGGACCAGAAAGAUCGGGCCAGGCGAGUCACAGUGCUGAACCAGGACAACGUCACAGCACACAGCGGCGUACCCGCGCGGAACCGAGAGGUGCGCGUGCACUGCGAGCUGGCCGCGCGCACGUACACGCUGCUGGUGGCCGCGUACGUCAGCGGCAUGGAGGGUCCAUUCCGCGUGCACGUGCAGAGCAACUACCCCGUGGAGCUGCAGCAGUUGUGGCCUGCGGCCUGGAAGACUGACAACGGCACGAUGGCCACCACGCCGCCAGGGACGCUCGUCGAGCGGAUGGCCGAGAAGGUGAAGCAGACGGUGGCCGAGUCCGCGACGGGGGCCAAGAUCCUGGCCAAGACGCACGAGCUGGCGGACAAGAUCGCGGCGGGCGCGGCCAUCGUCGACAGCGCCAUGAGAGACGAGGAGAGCAUCUUGCAGGAGCAGCUCGCCAAGCAGCAGCAGGAGGAGGCUGAGGAGGCCGAACGAGAGCAGACCCGACUCACGGGCAAGAAGAAGAAGAAGAAGAAGAAGCAGACCGACCCGGACGCGCCGCAGCCGAGCGCGUGGAUCGAGCAAUGGGACGAAGGCACCGGCAAGCCCUUCUACUUCAACAAGAAGACGGGCAUGUCCUCCUGGGAGAAACCCGACGAAUUCUAG